GAGUGGUUCAAUCGGGAAAAAAAAAAAAGAAAAACUCAACCAAUUAAACUGAGUUAUUAUUCAUAAAGAAUAUGUAUUUUAUAUACAGUAUAAAAUAACAAAUCAAACAAGUUAGAUUACUCUGACGAACAGCCGUUGAAAUCAAGAAAAUGGUAUCAAAAAGGAUUGCUGUUGUUACCGGUGGAAACAAAGGCGUUGGUUUAGAAGUAUGCAGGCAGUUGGCCGAUCAAGUGGUGGUGGUGUUGACUUCAAGAGACGAGAAGAGAGGUGUAGACGCAGUCUCCAAGCUACACUUUUCCGGUUUACCAGAUGUCAUUUUCCAUCAAUUAGAUGUUACCGAUCCUGCCAGUAUCACUUCCUUGGCGAAUUUUAUUGAUGCUCGCUUCGGGAAACUUGAUAUAUUGGUAAAUAAUGCAGGAGUCUCUAGCACUAUUGUGGAUGAGGAGUCGUUUCUGAGUUUAGACCUUGAGUUUCCAAGUGCGUUGAUUGAAGAAAAGGCCAAGGGAUCCAAGAAAGUUGUAACACAAACCUUUGAAGGAGCUCGAAAGUGUAUGGAAACCAAUUAUUAUGGAGCUAAACAUGUCACUCAAGCUUUACUACCACUACUUCUUAAAUCUACCUCACCAAGAAUAGUCAAUGUCUCAUCCAAAUUGGGGCAAUUAGUGAAUGUGCAAGACGUAAGUGCUAGAAUGAUUCUGAGUGAUUAUGAUGGACUCACAGAGGAACGUGUGGACGAGGUUGUGUGUGAGUAUAUGAAAGAUGCCAAAGAUCAGGAAUUCUUGGUAAAGAAAGGGUGGACUAGUAAUCUUUCUGGUUAUAUAGUCUCGAAAGCGUCUCUUAAUGCCUACACAAGGAUCGUGGCCAAGAGAUUUCCCUCUAUUUGUGUAAAUGCAGUUAGUCCUGGUUUAGUUGCAACAGAUAUGACAUUUUUUAGAGGAACUUUCACUGCUGAAGAAGGUGCUAAAGGGCCAGUGCGCCUAGCAUUGAUCCCUAAUGGUGGGCCCUCGGGUCAAUACUUUUGGAUGAUGCAUGACUCGACAUUUUAGUAUCAAGAACAAUUGAAAGUUGUUAUGUCAUGUUGCCCAGAAUCUUCUUAACGAACAAUGAAAAACACAAUGAACGAAUAAACUAACCUUGAUUUCUGAAUGAA